GUAGUGUUGGAUAUCCAUUGAUAAUAAUGUUUCUCUAGUGUCCUGAGAACACAAGCUGAAGGCUGUGAAUUUCCACAUAUGUAACAGGAUAGCACAGCUUUACAGCCUAAACUCACAAUAUAUAUAUUUAUACUGUACAACCAUCAAUUGUGUGCUAAACUGACAUCCAAAGAAACAUAUUUGAGAUUUAUUUUGAGGUUUCCACUAAAUAUGUCCUAAAAGACAAAGGGUUCAGGCUGUCGUUUACAUUUUAAGCCAGAGAAGGGGCUGUUAAUUAGUGAAAUCAGCUGCUUUGUUGUAAUGAAAACUGCCAUGCUCAAGGGCUUUGCUGACAAAUAUAAUAUGUGCUUAACACUUCACUGACAGUUUAAUUAUUAAAGAGCCUAGUCGUUAUAGUACGGUCUUUCCCCAGCCUGCCAAUGCCCAUUACAGCAUCCGUUUAAGUACGUUGUCCUGUAGCAUUUUUCUAACCGUCUUUAAAUUCACCCAUUAAAGGAAUUUAGAAAUUCAGAGCAGGAGACGAGGGUUUCCAGCUGUCCAGGGAGUAAAAGGGAAAAUUUGGUAAUUCCCAAUACAAUGUGGAAAUCACCUUACAUGUCCUGUCAGUGUGUCCCUGAACAAGAUACUCAGCUCCCAUCUGUGUCUGUUCUAAGUGACUCUCAUUAAGAUCCUUGGUUGAAUGUCUAGAACAUAAUGCAGUAUUGAUAAUCAUGUAUUUCUAGUACUGAACACUGUAGCUGACAGUUCUUUCCAUUGCAGAGCCCCCACCGUCGUGUGUUUAAAGCGUUGCCAUUGAUUUCCUUCCAAGAGAUUUGCUUCGAAAUGAAUUACAGCUGCAGAAACAUUUUCUAGAUGUUGAAUGUAAGAAACGGCAACAUCUGUAGGGUGUAUUUAUCUAAGAGGGGCCAUUACCGCUCCUUUCAAGUGUCUCAUGCGUCUGAGGGGUUCAUUAGAAGUGAUGACUGCAUGUUAAUUAGAUUAAAAGAUGAAUAGAUCGGCGGUGCAUUCUUGUAUAGUGCUUUCCUUUGGGUUUAGAGUGCAUGUUGAUGAAAUGGACAUGAUACCGACGAUUCUGAUAAUAAUUUUUUAAAAGCUGAUUAGUCUGCAAGGGGAAGCAUGCACCCUCCUGCACACACAACACAGCAGACAAACAAAAAAAAAGGCUUUUUGAUUACAAGGUUACCACACAGGCAAUAGAUGUGAAAUGCUUGAGGAAACACUUUGACUAAACAAGUAUGAAUGAACUCUGGGUGGUGGAUUCUGAUGGGUGGAUCUCUGGUUAGUCUACCUGAAUCACCUUGUAUUGAUCUGACAAAAGUGAAAGAGUCCUUGUAUUUGUCUUCACUAAUUUGGUUUCAGAGAUGACGUCAUCUAACUCGGUUGUCCCUCAGCCGUUUGAGAUUUGGCUGCUCUGCCUCAGUAAGAAAUACUGCAGUAUAAUCCACUGCAGUACAGCCAUCAUCUGACACUUAUGUGGCACUCUGUGUUGCCCCUGUGUUUGCCAGGAAAGUGAAAUCAUCCUAGUUAGGCAUUGCCAGACUAAAGAUCACCAGGGCAAAUGUGACCUCAUUUGUUAAAAUUUUAAUUAGGUCGUUACAUCAUCCAAACACGCAUCUUGCCACAAUGGUCCAGUUGAGAUUUGACAUGACUGUUUACAGCAACAAUUGAUUUUGAUGAAGGAAUAUACAGACAUUUGGCUUGUGGUCCUGUGUUAAGCUAAUUAAAUGAUUCAUUCAUUAAAAAUGGUAACAUAGACUGCUAACACAGGAAGUUGUAGGUCACAAGUCCACAAUGAAGGAGCUGUGGACUUGAGUAAAUUGUCGAUUUGUCUGCAGACAACCUGACCUUUGUAAAGGUUAACUGGUAGGCCCAAAUUAGACAAGUGGCUAGCCAUGUGCUCAACUUGUGCGCUAAUUAACAUGCUUGCAAACUGUUAGCUGGGAAGGCCAAACUUAAAAUGUAAAAAAAAAAAAAAAAAAAAAAGUAAUCGACUUUCACAAGUAGGUGUCACUACACAUAAAAAUUUAAAAUAAAGUUUCGCAAUCGGUAUAGAAUGCUAUGCGAUGGUAGCUAGUCAUUUUGGUUUUUUGGAAAUGCUAAGUAUAUUAAAAUCUCCUACUAUUUUAUGCUAUGCUAACCAAAACUCAUGCAACCUAUCAAUUUCUCCUCUUCUGCUAACAAAAAUGGUGGUUCAAUAUAAUUGGCUAAAAAAAGUUGCAUGAUGUGACGUCACAGCUCAAGGACCACCCAUUUAGCUCAUUUUCUCGACAGCCUAUUGGUUAGGCUUAGUCAUGUACCACGUGACAGCCAGUUGGGGUCCUACUAGCCACGCCCCCUACCUAGCUAUUUGUUGCAGAAUGAAAAAAAUCCACUUAAUAACUCAGGUAUUACAUGAAAUUCAGAAAGUGGAUCACAAACUGCACCACCUGGACACUCCGGAACCACGCUGGUUGUCUUAAUGAGCGAAUAAAAAGUUAUUAAGUUUUUAGGAUGACAAGCCUCCCAUUGGUCAGUUUGUGCUGUAUGCAAAUCAGGCGGCUACGUCAGAUCCUGAACUUGAGCGCCAUUUUUUCCUCAAUAGGGGAAGAAAGGGACAAAAGCGGGACCAAAAAUAACUUAUCUCGGGGGUGCGUUCGCAAAAUAUCACCUUUCAUAUCUGACUACGGUCUUCGUGCGCCGGUGUGUGCGGACGGAGGAUGCGGCUCGGGUGAGUGUGUGCGCCGCGCCGGCAGCAGACGCAGCUCACCGACACACACAGUUGCGGGCCGGUGGAAGUGGAGACGUUAGCUCUGCCGGAGGAGGCACAGCGACGACUAACGUUAAUCUACGCUGAAAAUUGGACGAGGCUGGUGAGGAAUCAUGUAUCAAGCCCCAGUUUUAAAUAUUGAGAAGAUCAGAAAGGCACGGAAAGCGGUGAAGAGCAUCCUAGGCGAGAUCGGCCUGGAAGACUGUCAGAACCUGCUGAAGACUCUCAAUGAAAGCUCUGAGAAAAGCUCUGAAGAAGAAGAGGCCUUUCAGGAAACUGAGUGGGUUGACUUCACAGAUGGAUACAAUGGCAGACUGCAUAAGAAGUGGCCUUAUCGGUCUCGAUCUCUGUGCUGUAACCUGUGCAAGUAUUCUUCACAAAACAUCUACAACUUCCGGAGCCAUGUGUCUCGCUGCCACGCUUACGUCCAGACGUUCUGUGCGCUGGCGCCCUGCACUCAGUGCCUCUUCAUCGGCCACCCAAAGGUUGUCAAGAAGCACAUGCUGUUCUUCCACGCCAAACUCCCCGUGCCAAACACUCACAUACAGCUGUCAAGGGAAGGGUCUUUAACGACCCACCGUGGAAACGAGAGGUAUCAGUGCCGAAGAUGUGGAUUUCCGACGUCUUCUGUCUUUACAAUGAAGAAGCACAUCAUCCUCAAGCACCUGGACAGUUUGGCAGAGCAGUACAUCGGUUACAGAUUACACCUGCAGGGGAGUUCAUCUGUAAAGGUCUACUGCUGCAAGGUGUGUAAGGUGAACACUGGAAACCUAGACCAAAUGUUGCAUCACAUGCUGGUUGAGCCGACGCACUAUUCGGUCAGCACACAAGUGCAGAGUUUGAUUUAUGAGAACAAGAACUACACCAUUAAACCGACACCUAAUGGGAAUGGCUUGUUUGUGACAUUUCCAAGUAUCGCUCCAAAACCACAGCAACCUCAAACGUUCAACAGUAAGCCGUUGGUCUUACCGAGUAACGGCCAACCCGCUGGGACUGUACUGACGUUACAGCAGCUACAAGGAACUACAAACAGUACUACUCUGAUCUGUGCCCCUGGAAGUAACCAGGCUUUUCUGCCUCCUCAAGCAUCAGCGCUAGUGCAGCUAGCUAGCGCUGAGGCUAAAGGUUUGCUCCAGCCUGGUGCCACGAUAGCCCUCCGAAGUGCUUUGCCCCAAGGGCCGUCUAUGGUCCAGCUUCCCACAGUGUCCAACGUGUCACUGAAACAGGCACCAGUGACUUUAGCUCCUGCUGCUCCUCCACCACAACUGACUCCAAAACCGCAGCAAAUCCUUCUUCCAUCAGGACUGCAGGCCAACGUGGCAGCUCAAACUGGGACUGUACCUAAGCCUGCUGUGGCUGCAAAAAAUGCAUCAACAAACCAAACGGCCCUGCAAGGUACAAUGCUGACUUCACAGUCUCUGCUGAGUCACCUGAUCCCGACUGGCAACAAAGUGAACGGCAUGCCCACGUACACUUUUGCUCCGCUGCAAGUAGCGAUGCCUGGUUCUCAGAGCACAAGUACCCCUCAUAAGACUGCUGAGCAACAAAGCAACACCUUGCCACAAACUAAGAAAUGGAUUACAUGUCCCCUCUGUAAUGAACUUUUCCCUUCCAGUGUCUUUGACAUGCAUACAGAGGUCGCACACCAGACUAAAUCCGCUACAUCAAAGUCAGAAAGUGUGGCGGCACGAGCAGCAUUCCUGAAGAAAAUGCCUGACAAAACUGUCAAAUGUUUAACAUGCAAAAUUUUACUCUCAGAAAAGAGCGUCUUCCAACACCUGCUGCACGGCCUGAAUUGCUUAUACUGCUCAGCUUUGUUCUUUUCAAUCAAACAGCUUGCAGAGCAUGUAAAGCAGCACAAUCCCACAAGCAAAGCCUACUGUGAUUUCCUGAGGCAGAAAUACAGGGUUUAUUCUAAAGGUGUUGGAGGGAUCCUGUUCCCUUACUUUGAUGUCCACACCACUGCACCCAAAGAGGUCCUAGGAGACACGGAGGUCAAUCUCGCCUUGGUCACAAAUUCCCUCGAUCUGAUCUUCUUUAAGUUGCAGCCCAGCAGCCAGCCAGAAAUCUGUCCAGCUCCUGUAAAGAUCAACAGUGCGUACUGUCCCUUCUGUGACGAAAAGUUUCAGCACGAAUCUGAACACCUGCAGCACCUGAAGCAGAAGCACUACGUAGCACCCACCAUUCAUGCCAUCCUCAAGACGGAGGCUUUCAAGUGCAUAUACUGCAACGGUGUUUACACAGGAAAGGUCACCCAGCAGGCUGUGAUGCUCCACAUUCAGCGAUGCCGGUGUUCACCGAAACCACCACCGCCCCCCAAACCACCUACAGUUGUACCACAACAUCCACCACGAGUAGCUCAGCAGCUCAGUCAGGCAUCCGGACUCUAUUUUCUGCAAGUGCCACAGGGGCUGACUAUGAAACAGACUUUAACUCCAGCUCGUGUGAUUUCUGCUGCACGCCCUCCGCAGCCUCUAGAAACAGAAGCAGAGAUGCAGUCUAAGAAGAGGCUGGAGGCUGCAUGGAGGGAGGUCAUGGAGGCCAACAAACGGGAGCGAGAACAAAGGGCCGCCAUGCGCAGGAAGCGGGAGCAGGAAAAGUUGCUGCCUCCACCGGAGGCCGAGAUUCAGAGCGACCCCUCGGUGAAGCUGAUGCUGGAGCCGACGGCGGUGGAGCGGCGCUGCGGCGAAGAGCGCAGAGACUUCAUAUCGAAAUACUUCAACGUGAAUCCCUACGCGACCAAAGCCGAGACCGACGAGCUGUGCAGGAGGCUGUCGCUCACCAAAGCAGAGCUGGCAGCGCUGUUCAGCAAGAAGCGCAGCAAGUGCAUGAGGAGUCUCAAGAGGAACACGACUGCAGUUCUGCUCGGCUUCAACAUGACUGAACUGAACAAAGUUAAGCACAACCUAAUCAUCCCUGAGCCGCAGCCCCCAGAUACUGCCGAGCUGCCGGACGACGAUGAAACGGAGCAGAUGGAAAACAGUGAGGAUGGACCUGAGCCGAUGGAUGAAAGUGGAAAUGAUAAAGCUGCAGAGGAGGAACAGGUGGAGCCGAUGGAGUGAGUUAAAAAAAUGUGUGAAACUGGAACCUGAAAACAGCAAAUAAUACAAAUGUAUGAUUAAAAAACAGACUAAAAAAAACAGUGAUGGCCUUUUCUGUUGACAGACAUUAGAGAAGUUCAUGACACAUCUUAAACAAUGAUGUAUUUCCUUAAAGUUCACCUGUAACUGAGGCAGUUUGUUAAUGUAGCCUUCAUUAUUAGUGCUUCAUCUGACUUCAGUAGGUUGCAGUGGUCUACAUCCUAAUUUCCACAUUAAUGCUAAGCCUUGUUGUUGAUGCUCCUUUGGAACAUGAUGAUGAAUACACAGAUGUAUUGUCUGAAUUAGUAUGAUGCAAGUAUUUCGCUCUAUACAGUCUCUCAUCCAACAAUGGCUACAGACUUCAACUUUAAUACUGAUGCGCCCCUAGUAGCUGCUUUUUACACCCUUUAUUUAAGCCUGUUUGUACAAAGUUGUAUUUUAUUUUGUAGUGAAAACAAUGUUAUUAAGUUCAUUUUAUUAUGUCAAAGCUUUCCUUCACAGAUUUGAACAGCUCCUUGCUUUAAUUUGUCAUGUUUUGUUUCACCUUUGGGAUCAUUCGCACCACUUUCCCCUCCACAUUUUUACAUUUUUAAGGAGAUUAUUUUUUGUCUUUGUUUCUCUUUCACCAACUCCCGCAGCCCUUUGAGAUAUUGAGAGGAAUGUUCAUCGUGCAGUUUUCAAGCCAAAUCCUAAAGAAUGUAAAAAUGUUUGAGUUGUCCGAUCGAUAAAUUCCCACAGUUAAAGAACUCCUUGUUGACCACGUUGCUUGCAUGAGCUUUUGUUUCGUUGUCAGAUGAAAUUAUAAUUUGUGCCAUUGUGGAGUCGACAUAUUUGCAUAGACGUGGAAAUUUACGUAGAGACUCAACGAAAACAUAAAACAUGAUACUGGGUGUUCCCCACUUAGCUUCUGUUCUCCUGACAGCUGUUUUUUGUACUAUACUUGUAUUUUCUAUAAUUCCUAGAGUAUGAGAAAUGUUGGGAGAGGUCACAAAUAAAUAUCAUUCUGUCCAAGGCCACUGUGUUGUAUAAAAUAAAGUGGUAUCCUUUUACAUAAAUGGUUAAUUUUUAUUUUCAUUUUAUAAUAAAAAUUUCAUUUUCAAUUAAGCUAUG